AUGUCUUCUACUUCUACUCAAAAUGAUAUCAUCUCCUUCGAAAAUCACCAGAAAAUCUUGGACGAAAUCCACGAGAAAUAUGCGAAUAUUCUGAAGCAGAAAGAGCGGGAAUUGAUGAUUAUGGCCAUGAAUUUUGAUCAAAGAGUGAGUUCUGAAAAUAUAUGAAAAUUUCCACGUGGCGUUUGCAGCUCGCCGAACAUCAACAACUCUACACUGAAAAUCGCAUGUUGGAGGAGAAGUUCGAGAAAACGAUCAGCGCUCGAAAUUCGUCAACUUCUUCAUUCUCUUCACGCUCAAAUUCUCCAUUUUGA